AUGGAUAAUCAUUUUCUUGUCUCUCCUCAUAGCCCUGGAGGUGGCGGGUUAGCACUCCUAUGGUCACAAGAAGUUGACAUCUCCAUCCUCGCGCAAUCCCACAAAUUUCUGGAUACUGUUCUCAAGUUCAAAGGAGCAAACUUCUCCAUUACUUUCGUUUAUGGUGAACCAGAGGUAGCAAGGCGGCAGUUAGUCUGGGAUGCCUUAUCGCACCUAGCUGCGGACAGGUCGAGCCCAUGGCUCUUAACCAGAGAUUUCAAUGAGAUUAUCGACAACACAGAGAAGUCAGGGGGUCAUGUUCAAUCGGAACGAUCCUUUUCGGCUUUCCGGGAGUUCCUUGCCUACAAUGAUCUGUUUGAUCUACGCCAUACAGGAAACUGCCUAUCAGGAGGGGUCGGAGAGGGUCGUAGCCACUACCUUAGGUUCCAUGGUUCCGGCCAUAGACCCAUCUACUCAACUUUCGACGCCACAAGGAAAAGGCAUAGGAAGAUCUUUCGCUAUGAUCGAAGACUAAAGGACAUUGAGGAAGUCAAAGAGCUCAUUGAGUCUACUUGGAAUGCAUCACCUGAGGCUACUGUAGCUCACCGCCUUGCAGCUUGCCGAAGGGCGAUUGCCAGAUGGAGUAGAGAGCACCAUACUAAUAGCUGCAAAGCGAUCGUGUCUCUACAGACCAGAAUUGAUGAAGCGAUGACCGGUAAUGCCCCCGGCGACACCAUCUCAGACUUUAACAAACAACUACUAGAAGCCUACAAAGCGGAAGAAGUGUUUUGGAAGCAAAGGAGUAGGCUGCUGUGGCUAACACUAGGAGAUAAGAACACCGGCUUCUUCCACGCUGGCUCAAAAGGACGGAAAACACGCAAUCGCAUUACCAUGUUAGAAGAUCCUAUGGGGCAGUCGGCAUACGAAGAAGAGCAGAUAGCAGAGGAAAUUGCUCGUUAUUUUGAUGACAUCUUCAGAUCAAUAGGCUCAGAUGGGGAAGCAGUAAUUGAAAGAGCCCUUUCUCGACAAAUAACUCCGGAGACCAACCAAGCUCUUACUACCAUCCCAACGCCACUGGAGGUGAAGAAGGCCCUCUUUGCGAUACACCCUGACAAAGCUCCAGGCCCCGGCGGCUUCUCAGCUUCUUUCUUUCAGGCCAAUUGGACUGCAGUAGGACCAGCUAUUGUUGAGGAAGUUCGACAAUUUUUCAUCACAGGAAGAAUGCCGGAGACGAUCAACAUGACUCACGUGCGCCUCAUCCCUAAGAACCAGAACGCGUUGAAGGUCUCGGAUUAUAGGCCCAUUGCCUUGUGCAAUGUGUACUACAAGAUCAUCUCAAAGAUCUUGUCACUCCGCCUGAGACCAGUCCUAGGCAGCAUAAUCUCUGAGAAAUAG